AUAGAUAUAAUAUACCUACUGCAAUCAAUGACCUCAGAAACGUCAGAAACUGGGCAGUGAAGAUACCUAGUGUUAGGUACCUACCUAUUUUAUUAGUAAAUAAAAUCAAAUAUCGUAAUGGUUGGCAAAUCUCUUGCAUUAACCUUUAACAUCAAAGCAGAGUGUAAUAUUUCAAGAGCUCGAGUGGGUUUGAUGAAAUUACCUCAUUAUGAAGUUAAAACACCGGUGUUUAUGCCUGUAGGAACACAGGGAACAAUGAAGGGUUUAUUACCAGAUCAGUUAGAGCAGUUAGAUUGCGAGAUAAUACUGGGCAACACAUACCAUUUGGGGAAUAGACCUGGUACUGAGGUUCUGCAGAAAGUUGGUGGUCUACACAAUUUCAUGGGCUGGAAUAGAGCUCUUUUGACAGAUUCUGGUGGUUUCCAAAUGGUAUCAUUGUUGAAAUUGGCUGAGAUAACAGAGGAAGGAGUCAAUUUCAGAUCACCAUAUGACAAUUCACAAAUCAUGUUAAGUCCAGAAAAAUCAAUUGAAAUACAGAACUGUAUUGGAGCUGAUAUAAUAAUGCAACUGGAUGAUGUUAUCCAAACUACAUAUCAAGAUUAUGAUCGCAUCAAAGAAGCCACUGAGAGGACUAGUCGCUGGCUUGACCGUUGUCUUAAAGCCCACAAAAGACCCACAGAGCAAAGUAUAUUUCCCAUAGUUCAGGGAGUUCUUAACCCUGAGUUGAGAGAGCAAAGUGCUAGACAGCACUUACCAAAAGAUGUAAAUGGUUUUGCAAUUGGAGGAUUAAGUGGUGGUGAAGCUAAAGAUGAUUUCUGGCCCAUGGUUAGUUUGUGCACAGGUAUUCUUGAUAAAAAGAGGCCACGGUAUCUGAUGGGUGUGGGACUGGCUAUAGACCUGGUUGUAUGUGUAGCACUUGGAGUUGACAUGUUUGACUGUGUCUUUCCAACUAGAACUGCUAGAUUUGGAUGCGCCUUGGUAAAUAAAGGCCAACUUAAUUUAAAACAAAAACAGUAUGAGACCGAUGUGAACCCUAUUGACAAGAAUUGUUCAUGUACCACGUGUCAAAACUAUACAAGAGCCUAUCUACACACUAUUGUUACAGUAGAAACAGUGGCAUGCCACCUUAUUUCUGUGCAUAACAUUGCUUUUCAGAUGAAUCUGAUGAAAACCAUGAGGGAGCACAUCACUAACGGAACAUUUCCCCAAUUUGUUCAGUCGUUUGUUGACGAACUGUACAUAGAGAAGAAUUAUCCAAAUUGGGUUGUAAAUUCUUUGAAGUCAGUUGGAAUAGAUAUUGUUAGUUGCUAAGAGUGUAGUUUAAUUAUGUUUAAAGACGUACAUAUAUAAGUAGACCCACAAUGCCCCAGUGGCCAAAACAGACAAAGUAAUCCAUGUGUUCAGAUAUGGAUCAUAAGAUAUCUUCUGCUUUUUCUUGGCUAUAGUCUUUAGAGGACCCCGUGGUAAGCCCUUAACCAUGGAUCCUGGAUUGGAUGAGUCACAUUUUUACACAAAGGGACUCCUGUCUGUCCUCCACGACCUCUGCAGAAUAACCUAACCGGUAUUGCAUCAUAUGGUUACACAUCCAAUUGCCUGUUUUUGUUACCUCACCGUAAGAGGAUCAUAAAAUAUAACAAAUAAAUUACACAAUCCUCAAACAUUAAACUUAUUCAUAACAACAGUUUUAAGGAUUCUGGGCUUUGUUGGCAACAAUGUUAUGAUCCGUUUUUGAAUCAUAUAUAUUUGUAAAUGGUGUAUAAAACUGAGGACGUCUAUUAUCCUUAUUUUUUUUUCAUCUGUAAAUCUUGUGCAUUGUGAUUGAAGAAACAAACUAUGAAACAUACCAAUACAUUUAUAAAGGAUGGAAACGAUUUACAAUAUGUAUGAAGACAUUUAUUUGAGUUCUACAUAAAAUCGUCUGAGUCAUUUCCAUCAUAAUUUGUGGUCAUAUUUUCCUUUCGCAUCAAUGUUGUGUAACUUCUUAAUUCUGCUUCUUCCUUCUUUUUCUUCUCCUCUUCUUUUUCCUUUUCUUUCUUCUCUCUAAUAAGUUUCUUUUUGUCUUCUCUUUCUUCCCUGUCCCUCGAUUCUCUCUCUUGCCUCAAAUCAGGGAAAGCUUCCUUUUUAGUUUUAUUUAAUCUAUUCACUAUGUCAUUAUUUCUUUUAGCUACUCUCACUUUUCUGACAUCUUUGUCUUUAUGAAAAGCAACUUGACCCACCUGUAACAAUAAAAUAAAUAUCAAAUGAUGACAAACUAGGAUUAGCCUAUGGGUUUGCCAAGGUAAAACAAAAAUAAUUGUUAUAGAAAAUAAAAAAUACUGGCAGAAAUUUUAGGACACCUGUCUUAGUGCAAAGAUCCUACAUGCCAAAUUUGAAGUAUUUAGUAAGAGUAUGUAGUAAGAUUUAGUAGUUUGGGCUGUGUGUUGUAUGUCAGUCAGACAAUCAGUUUUUUCUUUUACAUAAUUAUUAUAUUGAAUUGCAGAAGAUAAAUCAGCAAUAUUCUUACCUCCAUUCCAGCAGUCUUUUUUAAAUUUGCCCACAUGGUGUACACAAUGUCUAUAUCAUUCAUUUUAUUCCCAAGUAUUGAAUUAGCUUUGACUAGUUGGCAAGCGUCAUCCAGAACUGAAUUGGGAAUAUCAUCUAUUGUCUGGCCCUAGAAAAAUAUACUAUAGUUGUAUUAAUAAACAUUAUUUCAUAACUGAAAAGGCGAAAUAAUUAGAUAAUAUUUAUCUCUAUAUGUGGUCUAUUAAUUCAAGUUUAAUUUCAUUGUGAUUGGGACUCAAGAAAAAGCAAGUAAAAUUUUAAAUUUCUAGUUUUUAUAAAAGGUUUAUAAUAAUUUAUAAAUUUUAUAAUCUAACAUUAAGUUUUUAAGUGCAGGAUGAGUCACUACCAAAUUGUGAUUUAAUUAAAUAUCCAUUUUGAGCUAUACAGCAGAACAUUGCCUUUUAAGUCUUUUCAAAAUUGUUAGCCCUGCCUUAAGAAAAUAGACAUGAUUAUAUAAAUCUAUUUAACUUACAGGUGUAAGACGUAGAUAAACAUGAGCUGACGAAACUUUAUCCACGUGGAACCAAACAUCUUCCGGCCAUCCCCAUUUUAUCAGAUCUUCAUCUGAAAGAAAUGCAAUUAAACAUUAUAGCAAAUAGGCAAUCCUAGGCUUUGUGAAAAGGUAAAAUAUCAGUAACAUGUUGGUAAUUAACUUACUCUCAUGUUUAUCAGCACCCAUAAAUAAUGUUACUGGCGGAGAUACCACACUGCUUGUGAAAUAGAAUACCAUGGUGCUUUUCUAUCUA